GCGAAGAUGAAGAGAUUGGAGAAGGAGAUGAAAAAAGUACAACAAGAGGAGGAAGAAAGAAGAAAAGUUGCUGAAGCAGAAGCGGCAGCAGAAGAAGAGAAAGAGAGGAUGAGGAUUGAGAGUGGAGAGGGGAGUAGUGGUGGCACGAUGACGAGGGAGACAAAUACAGGGCUGGAGAAGAAGAUCAGCGAGUGGGUCGCUUUUAUCGUUGGGGGAAGACGAGGAGGCGGAGUCCUAUGUAACUAAGGAUGAGAAGGCUGCGUUGGCCGCUGAGCUAGCAGCCAUGACAGACCCAAUGGAACGAAGAGAGAGGGAAGACGAGCAAAAGUUAGCAUGGAAGUUGAGAAUGAAGAGGGAGAAGAAGAGGAGGAGAGAAGAAGUGAAUAAGAUGACCGCAGCAGUGGCAAAGGUGCAGGAGUGUAGAGCGGAGGUGCUAGCCCAGCCAGAUGAAAAGGCCAAGUGGGACAGGGUACUGGGCUAUUUAGAGGUGUUGAGUAAAGCCUGGAUGGAAGAGCGCCAGGCAAGUUGGAGCCAGGAUGUAGCGCUGAGUGCYAUGCGGUCAGGGUUUAGAGAUUUUGCGCGCGAGAUCGUCACCCAUAUUGGGGGCGAAGUGAAGCACUUGAGAGAUGAUGUAGGGAAGUUUUGUGAGGGCGCCAUUCAGGGUGCCAAAGCCGUAGCCGCUGUAGAGGGAGAGGCCAGACCCCGUAAGGACCCAGUGAAGCUUAAGUUUCCAGAUGCGUACGAGGGAGAGAGGGAAGAAAACUUUGACAACUGGGAAGCCAGUUUCAAUAGUUACAUUUACUUGCAGGAUAUCUUGGUUGAGGAACAAGUCCUUGUGGCCUUCCAGGCCCUCAAAGACGAAGCGGCUAGUUUCGCCAGGUCUCUUGCGCGUACAGCCGGUUGUGAAAACAACCUGGUUGCGUAUUCUAAAGUCACUCCUCUCUCCCAAUUCCUCAAGCUCCUCAAGGAGCGGUUCGCUGACCCAACGCGACGCAAAAGAGCCUCUGAUAAGCUCCAAACGCUUCACUCUCGGCAGUGGAGGAGUGCCAAGGCACUCAAGGGUACUAUGGACGACUUAGUAGCCGUCCCAGACCACGGGGUCACCGAGCCCCAGUUGGUCCAGUUGUUUUAUCGUGCCAUCCCAGAGGCCCUACGCGGGCAUUUUUUUGACAAGUCUCAGCAGGCCGGCAUCACAUAUGACCAAUUGAGUAGGGAGGUCGUCCUGUAUGAGUCAAAGUCUAUGUCGGUUACCACUUUCUGGCAUAAGGACCUGGAGAAGGGGAAGAAGUGGAAGAAUCGUACUAUCUCAGGCCAAGUAAAAGCCAAGGAUCACAUGAUCCUGACAUUAGAGGAAGGUGGUAUUGAUGACGUCCCGUAUGAUCAGAUUGAGUGGGGCCUUGAAGAUGAUGGCAGUAGUGUGGGGCAGGGGAGGUCUUACGCUGCUGUCGCGGCUGGAGGGAGGCCGCAAGGAGGAGGAGGAGGCCAAGGCCAAAGGGGCCAGGCCAUGGGAGGCCGAGGACCGGGCGCACAGGGGGUUGGCGGACAGGGAAACCGCCAAGCAGGAGGUAGGGGUCAAGGUCCCCCAUCAAAUCGCCAGGGCCCGUGCCUAGAUAGCUGUCCAGAGACCGCCUGUGCAAGCGUCUCUUUAGGCACGUCCCUCACAGGUGUGGCAGAAGAAUUAAAGGAGAGGAUGCCAGCCUGGGCCAAAAUGAAGAAGGAGAGUAAAGGACAACUGAUUUUGGUAGAUGUAGAGGUGUUUAGGAGUCGGGUAGGGGCCCUUAUAGACUCAGGGGCUACCCGUAGUUAUAUCAGUCGUAGGGCGCUGAAGAAGCUGAGGCUAGGACUAAAGGUUCAGAAGUUAAUCAACCCUAUAGUCAGUGUUCUCGCAGACAACCGCACAAUGCGCGUUGAGGACUAUGUAGAGGGAGUCCAAGCGUACUUUCGCCUAGAAAAGGAUGGGAAGGUGGAGAAAGUUCUCCAUUCCCUGACUCUCCUCGUACAAAAUUACCUUCCUUUCGAUGUAGUGUUAGGAAUGGAUUGGGGAGAGGCAGCAGGGGCCACACUCCACCUGAGAGAGCAUGAGUGUAGGCUCCCUAGUCCGUCAGGCGAAGUGAAGACUGCUCGCCUGUUCCAUGCGUCCGGUGUAGAUAACACCUUGGCGCAUUGUUGUCUCAGUGCUCCCGCGUUCGCGCGAUUAGUAAGAAAGGAGCAGUUAGAGGAACAGGUCUUUGUGGUGUAUGUCAGACCUGUCACUGAGGCCCAAGAAAAGGAUAGUUCCACAGACCCAACAAUUGCCAAGCUGCUGGAAGAAUUCAAAGACUUGACUGAGUCGCCGACAGGAGUAGUGCCGCGACCCAUCCAGCACAGGAUAGAGAUAGAGCCUGGCAGUAAAACUCCUAAGGGUGCAGUCUACAGGAUGUCCCCUAGAGAGUUAGAGGAGCUCCGCAAGCAGUUAGAGGAACUCCUUGAGAAAGGUUGGAUCAGGCCCAGUUCGUCUCCUUUUGGAGCACCUGUUUUGUUUGUCCCCAAGAAGGAAGGAGAGCUGAGAAUGUGUAUAGACUAUAGGGGAUUAAAUGCGAUCACCGUAAAGAAUGCUGAGCCGCUGCCCAGGAUAGACGAUCUUUUAGAUCGGGUGCAGGGUUGUAAGUAUUUCUCUAAGAUAGACUUAAAGUCCGAUUGCCAUCAGAUCGAGGUUCAUCCUGAUGAUCAGUACAAGACUGCGUUCCGGACUAGAUAUGGGCAUUAUGAGUUUAUACUCUGCUUCCUCACGAUGUUAGUUGUCGAGGUCCGUGCUCCUAUGGUGUUCUCCUCCAAUAUGCUUGUGAUCUCAGCGGUGAUCUUCCCCAUACCUGUCGAAGUCAUGUCCUUCCCGAUCAGGCUCCUUAUCAUCCUUUAAUUCGAGGCUACCUUUCGGGAUCGGGAUUGCAGGGAGGUGCUCUUCCUUGUGGCCGCGUGUAUCUUCCCUCAAAUC